AGCCGCUUCUCUUCUCUUCACCUCUACAGACGCAUCUGGAGCUCUCUCCAUCUCCAACCUCUCUCAAGCUCGCUCUCCAUCUCCAACGCAUCUCAAGCUCGCUCUCCACCUCUCGACCCUCUCUCCAUCAAGCUUCGUCUCGUCUCUCACACCAUCUCCAGAGCUCUCUCUCUCGAUCUCAAAACCCAGGCUCUCUCAGCUCUCAGGCUUCUCCAUAGCAUCUUUGUCUGUGUAUCAAGCUCUCCACAAGAGAGAGCUCACAGGAGAGUGAGUGCAGUGGAAGAAAUCAGGUCUAUCUCUAAUUGGCUAUACUGGAGAUCAUCACCCUACUCAAAACCAUUGAGUCCUGAUUCAAACAUGAGUCUCACUUUCACCAAACGGAAGAAAGCAGCAGAACCAAACAUCAGAAAGCUUCAAGAUGCUGUUGCAGCAAUGAAACAAGCAGAACAGAGCGGUGAAACCAAAGAAAGACGAGGACCAGCUUCCAUGGUUGGAGAAGAUUACUGGAUUCCAUCAAACCUAGCUCUUCCCUCAUCCGGAAACACCAGUACCGAGACAACUUCGGCUCCGCAAGUGACUCAUAAGAACACUCCAUCUGAAGACAAGGCUACUAGUAGUAGUAGAAGAGAAUAUACAAGGCAGAACUUCAAGAUACAGAAGUUUCCAAUCGGAACAGCCACAGUAGCAGUGUUCCUGGUUCAGUUCCAAGCCAGCUACAGAGCCCCUGAGCUCAGUGACCAUAUAGGUGGCUCGUUGGCUCUGUCUAUAGUUAACAGCCCAUGGCAGCAGAUUUUGUUAGCUGGGGUUACCUGGUACUUCAUCGGUGCAAUGUUACUCCAGCUUGUGGAAGCUAUCCAAUCCAAGCAAGAAGAUAAAGAAGCAUAGACCUAAUAUACAUAUGUACAGCAUAUCCGUUUUAAUAUGUAACAGCGAAGAUAUUACUACAGUAUAUAUACAACAAGAUAAGUGCUUACUGAAUUUAUUCCUGACAAAACAAUUUAAAAUUUUUAUUUAAGAGUCAAUAAGCAUUAUA